CAAAAUGAAAGGAUACGAUCAAAUUGCCGCAUUCAUAGCCAAAGAUCCUGGCUCCUCGAUAUACCGACGAUUCGCAAACCUGAACGCCAAGAAUAUUCUGUAUUUCCAAGCAGAGCUGAUACAUCUUGAGACAGAACUACAAAUUGCUCUCGACAAUCUCAAGCAAAGCGAAAAAGGCGCGGACGAACCUCCCAUCUCAUUCUGGCAUCUAAAGCAGGACGGGGGACAACAGUGGCAGAAGAUAUUGGAGAUCCGCGAGGUAUUGGAUAAAUAUAACACAGCGCUCAUAAAACAGAAACAAGUCCUGCAGCUUAGGGCACCGGAUCAAAGCGACUGGGAUGCUUUCAACGGGUGGAUGAUCGAAGAGGAGGUGGUCUCGGCCUUGAAUGGGCCUGAACUGAAACAGUGGAUGUAUCACCAGGAAGACUUCAUCGCCCUGCACCCCAGACAUGGCGGAGAAGAUCACUUCACGAAAUGGAUUUCUAGUAGCCUUAUACCCUGGUUUCACAGAAAAUGGAGUCGCGACGGUGACGCCCGGCAUGACCCUGAGAUGGGAACUUGGACUUACAGCGAUCAGAAGAUCAAAUCUUUCACCAGAGCAACUAGUAUCAUUAUUUCGGCUGUUCUGCCUGCUUCGGCGAUGGUGGCGCUCUAUUUCAUCAAGGAUACAACUGUCAGAUUGAUUGUCAUUUUCAUCUACAACCUGGUCUUCUCGUUCUCGUUGGCGUUGAUGGUCAAAGCAAGACCGAUAGAGAUAUUUGCGGCCGCGACGGCAUUUGCUGCGGUCCAAGUGACGUUGAUCACGAAUGCGCCUUGA